AUGGAUCAAAUUGUAACAUUCCUUCAAAAUCAAAACCCAAUUGCUAUAGCUGCUGUUGCUGCUGCACUUGCUGGUGCUUACUUUCUUAAAACAAAGAAGAAAUCUGGAUAUAAAUAUGAAAAGGAUAUUGUCUAUGUAAUUGCUAUUGGACCAACUGAUUUACAAGUUCCACAUCCAUCACCAUUUGCAUUAAAGGUUAUCCUCUUUUUAAAGUUGGCCAAUGUACCUUAUAAAGUAAUUUACUCAAUGGACAGAGGUGAACGUAACAAGAUGCCAUAUGUUUAUUACAAUGGUGAACACAUUUAUGACUCUCACUUUAUUAUCAAACAAUUGGCUAAAAAACUCAAUAUGACCAAUUUAUUCCAAACCAAUGACCAAGAAAGAGCCAAUGAAAUCUUGAUUAGAAGAUUUAUCGAUGAGGCAGUCUAUUGGCCACUCGUCUAUUAUAGAUGGGUCGAUGAAAAGACAAAUGAAACCCACAAGUUCUUUGUAGCAGCACCCAAAUGGAUUGUUCCACUCAUUAAGCCACGUUUGUUGGCAGGUGUAAAGAAUCAAUGUUACCAAGCCGGUAUUUCUAGAUACACUGAAGAGGAGAGAGUAUCAUUGAUCAACGAUGAUAUGUUUGCACUCUCCACCAUUUUGGGUAACAAGACCUAUUUGUUUGGCGACCAAAUCGGCUACUCUGAUAUCUCUAUGUUUUCAAUGUUGGCUGAAAUGUGGACCACCGAUAUCCCAACUCCAGCUCGUAAUGCCAUCUUGACUCAUCCAAACUUGGUUGAAUACAUUGAAAGAAUUAAAACCAAAUACUUUAGCGUCGAUUGGGAUCAAUCACUAACCACUACCAGAAAGUUAAAGAACAAAUCUAAACAACAAUAA